AUGGAUUCUUCUAACUUCACCGAUGGGUCGAAGGCUCAGCUCCGAAAGGGAUUUGAACGCGAAGUGAACAAGUUUGCUCAGCGACUCGAAAGUUUAAAUUUUGAUUUUGAGGAGAACGAUGACGGGGAUGAAGAUUCAGCUGCCCAUGACGGCAACGAGAGUGUCAGUGGAAAGGUAUCUAUAACGGAAAGUGCCUACGAGCCAUACCGUUCGGGUAGAUUCUUUCCGUCAAAGGUUUACAGCAACUCCAGCUUCUCCAGCCGCUGCAGCGCAUUGCGUGGUUCCGAAACAAGCAGCUCAAGCCGACAGACUGGUUCCUUCAGCACGAUUUCCCAGCACCAAAACACAAAGCGUGACGAGGCAAUGGAGCAGCGCGAUCUUAUUCGAGCUGAAAAAGCAAAGCGCACCAGGCUGGCCAGACUCGAGCGCAGUGUCACCGAAGCCAGUGUCAGAACUAAUGACCUUCUUAAGGAGAUGGAGGAGAAGCGUCGGGGCCAAGAUACUGUAGCUGGCUCGGUAGAUGGUCAAUUGACAGAGCUCCUGCAUCGAUACAGACGAAGUGAGACUGAGCGUCACAACCUCCUUGCAAAGUACGACAAGGUCAACAAAGAAAUUGGAGAGUACGAUUGCUACUAG